GCAACACGUGGACAGAGAGCAACAUGUAGAUUUAGAGCUUUCUGAUUAGUUGAAGGAUAAAAAGGGGUGUGAUUUUCUUAUAAUUUUGCAGAUAUGCAGCGACAUUCUUCUGCAGGCGGCAUGGAGGGGGAAGUGUGCUCAGCAGUGUGAGAAAGUUAAUUUAAGCUGUAAAUGUGGGAGGCCAUGGACGUGUGCGCUAAGCCGCUGAGCUACGAGCUGCUGGCGGCAGUAGGAGAGGGCUCCUACGGUAAGGUGUUCAAGGCCAGAGAGGUGGAGGGCAGACAGCGACUCCUGGCGGUCAAGAAGUUCAACAUCCGCGGCGACGCGUCAGAGACCGGCAUCCCUCCCUUCAUGAUCCGAGAGGUGGCGCUGCUGAGGAAGAUGAAGUACUUCAACCAUCCCAACAUAGUCCAGCUGUUGGAUGCGUCUGCUGUACCAGUGGGCAGGAGCUUGGAUCUCACUCUGGUGCUGGAAUACAUUGACCAGGACCUGUCCACCUACCUCUCCAAGGCUCCUGCUGCUGGACUGAGCCGUGACUGUAUUAAGGAUGUGAUGCAGCAGCUGCUGCAGGGACUGGACUUUCUACACUCAAACAUGGUGCUGCACCGUGACCUGAAACCGGAGAACAUCCUGGUCAGCAGCCGAGGAGAGGUCAAGAUCGCUGAUUUUGGACUGGCACGCAUCUACACCUUCAAUAUCGCUCUCACUCCAGGUGUGGUGACGCUGUGGUACAGAGCUCCCGAGGUGCUGCUGAACUCUGUUUACAUGUCCUCAGUGGACAUGUGGAGCGCUGGCUGCAUCUUUGCUGAGCUCUUCCUCUUGAGACCACUGUUUCAGGGAUACACAGAGGUACAGCAGCUGCAAAAAAUCUUUGAGGUGAUUGGUUUGCCCAGCGAGGAGGACUGGCCCACCGACAGCCCCAUCUCAUACUCAGUCAGCUGGGGACCAACAGGCUCCUGCACCAAGCUGCUGCACAACCUGGACCCAGACGACGACGACCUACUAUCUCAAUGUUUGGCAUUCAGACAGAGCAGUCGCAUCUCAGCUGCCAAAGCCCUGGUUCAUCCUUUCUUCAUGAAGCACUGAAGCUUUGGAAGAAGAAAAACAUCAGCUCCCUCUACUUCUCUACUGUCACUUAUUACUAACUAGUCUUUGACAGCUUUAAACAUGAGUUCACCAGCAUCAUGAGAAACUGAGGUCAGGAAUGAGGAAACAACUUAACACCUUUUGAACGUCAGUGUAUAGAAAACACAAUAUGCCUGACAAAAACGGAGACAUUUUUGAAGGAGUUUUAUUUACUUAUAAUUUGACCAGCCAUCAUAUGAAUGGAGUAGAAGUAUGUUCCUUGAUAAAAGGUUUUUUGAUUUGAUAGCACGCUAUGUAUUUCCACAAAACGUAGUGCGACUUUUUUGUUGAGUGUUAUUAUUAAGAAUAGAGAAUAUUAUGAGCACCUUUAAGUUGAUGAGCUGGUUCAUGUUGUUUCACCAAAGCUUUUUUGUUCUAGACUUGUAGAUGAAGUCUUUUAUUUUUGUUAUUGUAUUUAUGUUUGUAUUGACAGAUUGUACCAGAUAUUUUUUCUAUAUGAGUUGCACUGUUCAUUUAAGAAGCAUUUCCAUAAAUGACUCUCAUUUCCAUAAA